AGCCGGAGGUUUUACUGCAAAAGGGUUUGGGUGCAAAAGCUUAAUCAUGUUUAAGGACAAGGUGUACAAAGUGUCCUCCACAGCCAGGGUAGAGCAGAUGGAAAAGGAGUUAUCUGUCCAACUCGCUGCGCUUAGGUCAGAGAUUGAGCAAAGUGGAAUUCCGCUGUCUGGAGCACCUUCGACAUCUUUCAGUUCAGUGCCAGUUCCAAAAGAUGCGUCCUACUUCCGCAGAGAGAGAGAGCAACUUCUGAAGAGGUUCCUUCAGGUGUCCCAGGGCCUGCCGGCGUGUUCCCAGGCUGAGGUGAUGCAGAGGGAGCUAGAGAGCUGUCUCAACCUGGAGUACACAUCUGAGAGCCUGCCUCUACUCUUGCACCAGACGCAGGUGUUGUACCUGGUGAGAGAGUAUGAGGACGCAGUCCAGCGGGCACACAGACUGGCAGCCUCCAGGGAGAUGCUACUCUCAGGCAGGGGCAGCCCCAUCACUGUGGUCACCAGGGAGGAUGUCACCGUCUACCUCAGCUGGCUGGUGUGCCACCUCCACUCGCUCAAAACCAUCCACAGCUUCUUGAGAAUAACACAGCUUUCAGAGAGCGAGAGCAAAACUUGA